AUGCAAGAUCGAAUGGACCAAUUCACCCACAUGAUGCAGUGGAAGUUUCUGCCUGGGGAAGACCAUCAGCACCUAGAUUACUUGAAGAUUGACAAGGAUGAGACCUUGGAUGACCACUGGAUGAGGGAGGUUAAUCAUGAUGCUGAGGAAAAGGACUUUGAAGAUGUUCAGGAAGAUGCUGUUACCCAACCACAAUGCUAG